AGGCAGCUGUUUGAUGACAUUUCUUAUUUCUGACUUGAAUUUCAGCUGUUAUUUGUUUUUGGGUGGUGUAUUUCGUGACACAAUUUCCUAGAAUUCUUCUAAUAUUUAAUUGAUGCGAAAAUACGUGUUAUUUAUAAACGUUGAUCAUUAAUACAUCAGUAUGCCUGCAAAUUAGAUGUAUUGAUAAUAAAAUAAUUGUAAAUUCCAUCGCCUGUGACGCAGUAGAUGUUGCAGUGAAGACAAAGAAAUAAUUGUAGCAAAUAACAAAGCACAUAAAAUCUGGAUAGUAAUUAAAGAGAGCGAGACGAGUUUCAAAAAUUAGUCUGGAUAGUGAUUCAUCGGGGGACGUCGGUGGUGAACCGCCGCGUAAAAAGACCCGAAGGACAACUCAAACUGAAACAAUGCAGUCUAGCAAUGGAUUAGUUCAAAAUGGAACACCUUCUUGCAGCAAUGGUGCAGAAGAAAACGGCCAUGGCGAUGCUGAGAAUAAUGGAUUUGCCCUUACUCAAACAAAUCAAGAAAUUGUGAGACUCAUUGGACAGUUUCUCAAAAAUGAAGGAUUGAUGAAAACAUGUGAGUCUUUAAUGAAUGAAUCAGGAUGUCUUUUGGAUCAUCCUGCAGCUGCCAAAUUCCAACAACACAUAAUGGAUGGAGACUGGACAAAAGCAGAUCAUGAUUUACAAGAACUACGUCCCCUACUAGGCCCAAAUACAAGUCUAAUGGUAAAUGAAAAUGAGUAUACAAGUCUCAUUCUAGAAAUGAAGUUCAUCAUUCUAGAACAAAAGUAUUUAGAGUUUCUGGAGGAUGGAAAAGUGCUUGAUGCUCUGCAUGUUUUGAGAAAUGAGCUAACUCCAUUACAGCAUAAUACAGCAAGAGUACAUCAGCUGUCUAGUUUUAUGAUGUGCUCUAGUACUGAGGAAUUACUAGAACGUACAAAGUGGGAAGGGAAAGGAAUUCAGUCUAGAACAAUGUUAAUGAACAAACUUCAGAGGUAUCUACCACCAAGUAUAUACUUACCACCUAGCAGACUGCAAGAGCUGUUGAAUCAAGCCCUAGAGCUCCAAGCUCUAAGAUGCACCCAUCACAAUACAUCUCAGGGAAUUGCCUUACCAACUGCAUCUUUAUUGACUGAUCACUGUUGCUCCAAAUCCUCAUUUCCUAUGUACACCAUACAGGUAUUACAUGAUCAUUGUGAUGAAGUGUGGUUCUGUCAAUUUUCUCCUGAUGGUACAAAAUUAGCUACUGGAUCAAAAGAUCAAACCAUCAUGAUUUGGGAUGUUGAUCCAGAAACAUGUACGAUCUCACGAAAAAAGAUAUUUGAGGGACACAAUUCAGGUGCUGCAUACAUAUCAUGGAAUCCUGAUUCAGUUCAUUUAAUUGUGUGUGGACCAGAUGACACCCCAGAGGUUUGGUUGUGGAACACGGAAAAUGAAAAUUUUCUUAAAGUGACACAAUCUCCAGAAGAUGCGCUGACUUGUUGUGCCUGGAAUAAGGAUGGAACUAGAUUUGUUGUUGGCGGUAAUCGAGGUCACUUUUAUCAGUGUGACCUGGAAGGAAACGUACUAGAUUCUUGGGAAGGUGUUAGAGUGAUAAGCUUAUGCUGUAGAAAAGACGGAAAAACUGUACUGGCCUCUGAUAGCCACAACAGAAUUCGUGGAUACAUUUUCGAAGAAAUCUCUGACCAACAGUUAUUGCAAGAAGAUCAUGCCAUAAUGUCAUUCACUGUGGACAAGAAUGAUAGGCUGGCCCUUUUGAAUGUAGCCACACAGGGUGUUCAUCUGUGGGAUUUGAACGAUAAGUGUCUUGUAAGAAAGUAUCAAGGAGUCACUCAGGGACAUUUCACUAUUCAUUCCACUUUUGGUGGAGCAAAUCAAGACUUUAUCGCCAGUGGAAGUGAAGAUAAUCAGGUGUACAUAUGGCACAUCAGAAACGAGCAGCCGCUGGCCACCCUCCAAGGUCAUUCGAGAACGGUGAAUUGCGUGUCCUGGAACCCCGUGCACAAUCACAUGUUGGCCUCGGUCUCCGACGACCGCACCAUCAGGGUGUGGGGGCCCAAAGACAAGAUGCCUAAACCGACAGUGUCUUCGAGUAGCAAUGGUACUUGGAACGAUAUGGUUUCGUAGUAGGUACACUGAUAUGUAAACAAAGACUGACAUCCGUCUCACAAACAUACAAGAUCUGUUGGAGGGGUAUUUUUUUGCCAAUAUGAUGCUUGGACGAGGGGGCCCGUUUCAAUUCCACACUCGCUUCCUAUUGGACAAUAGAUGCUUAUGGUAAAAACGUAAAGUGCCAAACUAACUUUUAUCCAUUAUGUUUUGAUGAUGAAGCAGAACACAUGAUAUCUGAAAUAGUUAUUUGUAUGCUUAGGCCGCGAAAUACUUUUUUAGCGUACCGAAAGAUAAGUUAUCGCCGAGACCGUUUGUGGCCGUGGCAAGAUAUAAUCUUGAGGUCGCUACAAAGUUUGGCGACCAUGGUACACACACUAUUUUUCGUAUUCAUAAAUCGGUAGCAGAAUAUUGAAACACAACCUCACUUUUCUGUAAAACAUUGAAACAC